AUGAGUCGAAGGCUGUCUCAGCGCCGGUCUUCGACCUCAUCUGAUCACAAUCACCAAUCCGCGCCGGAUCAAGCGGGGAGCCCAGCAACACCCCGCGGAAUAAAGCGUCGACGAGAAGACGAUGGCUUCUGGAGCCCAGAAGAUUCAGAUAGUGCUCAAGAUGGAGAGCAGCAAUACGAAGACGCCGUUGAGUCUAUUGACUUAACAGAACCCGAGACAUCGCUUUCCAAGGCGCUUGCCAAACAACGGGAAGAUGCAAUUAAGGCUCAGCAGUCAACCGAAGACAAGAAAGGCAGUGGCUCUCUACUAAGUGCAUAUAAGUGCCCGGCCAUCUCUUCUGCCACCGUUGCAUUAUGGAGUACCUUAACUCGGCCGAUCAAAGAGUAG